AGAAGCGUACGCACGGCUCACUCUGCACACGCACACAAAUAUGUCCUGUGUUUUGGUGUAAAAUUAAUGUUGGUCGGCAGGGGGUAACAUAUGUCAUUUCAAAUAUUCCAACUAUCAGACACCUUUUAUGGGGGGGGGGGGGUUAAGCUGUAGAAGGAGUAGUAAUAGUAGCAGAUCACCACUAUUUCGUUGAAACCAGAGACAACUGCAUUGGACGUUUUUGUGUGAUCUACAGCAAAAUGCAAAAGGAGAUUACCGGCGUAGAUUUUUCUUUAUACGUGAGUUCCAAUCCAAGCAGCAAGAAACACUCCAGCAGUCAUAAUCUAAAGUCCAGACAAGCCCAAGAAGAACAAGAUGGAAUCAACUUUGUUGCUCAAGAUAAAAUCUGGAGAGAAUAUGUAUUCGGAGAAAAUCAUUUGGUGAAGGAAUGGGAAAAGAAUUGGGGAUUUUUAGCGAAAUUUGAUUCCAAGGGAAUGUUAAAAACUGAAAAGGAGUUACCAGACAAGCUCAAUAUGUUUUCAAACACUUUACCAAAUACCAGCUCAGGUUCUUAUGGAGCUAAAUUAGAAAGUCCAGUAGGACGUCAAAUUCUGAAUCUAGAAUUUAAGUUUUAUGGAAAUCUUCGAAGGAAACGAACAGAAGAUCUACUGUGUUGUUAGAAUAAUUUCGGAGAACAACAGAACAUAAAAUAAUUAAAGUACACAAACACACACACACCACCGACAUACAUGUACAAACACACAAAAGUUGCCAGACAUGCAUGUACGUACCCCCACAUUCUUACAUUAUAUAUAUGUAUGUGUGUGUGUUAAUUUUUCUUUUUUCCACGGAAUGUUAAAAAAGUGAAAAGGAGUUACCAGACAAGCUCUGCGUGUGUGUAGUGUAAUGUAUAGAUAUAUGUAAAUAUGAAUGGUGAACUUUGUUGAGAAAAUGAGAAGUGCUCAAUACGUGUCGUAGAGAAAAAGAUGGCUUAUUGAAUCUCAUUUUCUAUCUGAAUAUAAUAUAAAUUUAUCUGAAAUUAUACACACACACACACACACACACACACACACACACACACACACACACACACACACACACACACACACACACACACAUAUAUCUAUAUGCUUUCGGUGCGAAUGUUUUUUUUAUAAGGGCGCCGUUUUUACAAUCCUGUAAAUAAUAAUGGUGUUAUUAUAUAAGCUUAAAGCUUUUGGCGAACAACGUGCAAUGACCAAGGAAAAUAGUCUAAUAAAGAGGCAUAUAAGCCUUCGACAGAAAAAAGUAGGCUUUCCUAUCCUUGUUAACGUGACUAAAUGUGCUACGGCGUCUUUGUUAACGCGACUAAAUGUGUUACCUUUACACCAGCGAAUCAGCCUCCCUUGAGGGAUGACCAUUAAGUGGACAUCCAUUAUGCUAGAUGUAGACCCAUAUGGUCUGACCACUAAGAAAAGAUUGUUCAGAAGAAAAUUCAGCAAACGCCAGAACGAAAGCGAGCAAGACAAAUGAAAAGAUACAAAAUAUAAAAUAUUUUGUUUCUUUUCAUUUGUCUUGCUCGCUUACGUUUGACUGAAUUUUUCUUGAAAACAAUCUUUUCUUAGUGGUCAUACCAUAUGGGGUCUACAUCUAGCAUAAUGGAUGUCCACUUAGUGGUCAUCCCUCUUAUAUGUAUGUAAUAUAAUUUUUCUGAAUCUUCAGAUUUUUCAAUAUGCUAGGCCAAUGGUUUUAAAUUGAUAUUAAUCAAAUUAAUAUUCAAUUUUUCACCCUUAUUAUUUAAAUUAAUAUAUAUAUA